AUGAAAUGUGUAAUUUUAGCAGGCGGUCAUGGAACUAGACUGCGUCCAUUGACGCUUUCUGUCCCUAAGCCACUCAUCGAAUUCUGUAACCGGUCGAUUAUCGAAUACCAAAUUGACGCAGCGAAAAAGGCUGGAGUAGAUCAUAUCAUAUUGGCUGUAUCGGAGUCUCAGCCUGCACUGGCACAGCGAGUACAAAAGUUACAAGAAAAGUACUCUAUAAGGAUCGAUUGCUCGAUUGAAACUAGUCCAAUGGGCACAGCUGGCCCAUUGAGAUUGGCUGAAAAGUUGAUUUGUGAACCGAAUGAUGACUCUGAUGAUUUCUUGGUUUUGAAUAGCGACGUCAUUUGUGACUAUCCCCUGUUGGAACUCUUGAACUCACAUCGGUCUAAAAAAGCAACCAUUACUAUAUUGGUAACAAAAGUGGAGAAUCCGAGUGAAUUUGGAGUUAUAUUUCAUGACGAAGAAUUUAGAAUAAAAUCAUUUGUAGAAAAGCCAACCAAUUAUGUUUCAAACCAAAUCAAUGCAGGAGUAUACGUGUUAUCAAAGACGGUAGUAAACUCAAUUCCCCUGGAAAAUACCUCCAUCGAACGCGAUAUUUUUCCAAAAUUUGUAAUGCUUGGAAAUACCUUUUGCCAUCCCCUUUCCGGUUAUUGGGCCGAUAUCGGAAAACCAAUCGAGUAUCUAAGAGGCCAACAUUUAUAUCUCUCAAACAAUUUUUCUGGUGAUUUUAAUGUUUGUGGAACCACUGAGACCUGUGUAUCAGAGACUGAAAAGCGGGAGAUUUGCGAGAUUGACACUGGGAUUUUGAUUCGCACGAGAUCCAAUGCGAAUUUGGAGGAUGCAGACUACGUAAAAUCAGCAUGCGCAUCCACACCUCGUAGUGAUUUGUUGGAGGCUCCCACAAUUUACAAUAAUGUUAACUUCAAGGCUCCAGUUCUUGUUCAUCCAACGGCGAAAAUAGGCCCAGGAAGUCUCAUUGGACCGAAUGUUUGUAUAGGAGCAAAUGUUGUAAUUGGCAAGGGAUCUAGAAUUGUACGAUCUACAAUUAUGGAGGGAGCCAACGUUAGCCCAAACUCGUAUAUUGAAGGGAGUAUAAUAGGAUGGAACUCACGUAUCGGUCCUUGGGUACGCAUCGAGGGGUUGAGUGUCUUGGGUGAAUCUGUUGGUAUAAGUGAAGCCUUGUUUAUACGCGGAUGUAUUGUAUUACCACACAAGAAUGUUAAUAACAACAUUUAUGAGCCCGGUGUCAUUAUAAUUUAG